AGCUGGACCCAGCGGUGUUCGGGGCUUAGCUCCGGCUUCGGAGCCGCAGGUGGAAGAAGGACGUCCCGGGGUAGCGGCCGAAAGGUGGCCAAGUGCAAGGUACUUUGGACGGUCUGGGCAUGGAGAUUUAGUGUUUGUGGUAACCAGUUCAUCCCCCGAAUCCAGCACCUUCCCAUCUUUCGUGCCUGUAAGGGUCUACUGGGCUUCUUCCUCCCUCGCCAGAGUCUGCUGCAUAGUGAGGCCUUCCUGGGCCCUGAGCCUGGCUGGUCAUGGGGAGCACCCUGGGCUGUCACCGCUCCAUCCCCCGGGACCCCUCAGACCUGUCCCAUAGUCGCAAAUUCAGCGCGGCCUGCAACUUCAGCAACAUCCUGGUGAAUCAGGAGCGGCUGAACAUUAACACUGCCACGGAGGAGGAGCUGAUGACCCUGCCUGGGGUGACACGUGUGGUGGCACGCAGCAUCGUGGAGUACCGCGAGUACAUCGGUGGCUUCAAGAAAGUGGAGGACCUGGCACUUGUCAGCGGCGUGGGUGCCACCAAGCUGGAGCAGGUCAAGUUCGAGAUAUGCGUGAGCAGCAAGGGCAGCUCGGCGCAGCACUCUCCCAGCUCCCUGCGGCGGGACCUGCUGGUGGAGCAGCAGCCUCACCACCUGGCCACCACCACAGUGCCCCUCACCCCGCGUGUCAACAUCAACACGGCCACCCCAGCUCAGCUCAUGAGCAUCCGAGGCCUUACGGAGAAGAUGGCUGUUAGCAUUGUGGACUACCGCCGUGAGCACGGGCCCUUUCGCAGCGUCGAGGACCUAGUGAGGAUGGGCGGUAUCAAUGCCGCCUUCCUGGACAGGAUCCGGCACCAGGUGUUUGCUGAGAGGUCCAGGCCCCCAUCCACCCACACCAACGGGGGCCUGACCUUCACCGCCAAGCCUCACCCCAGCCCCACCUCGCUGAGCCUGCAGAGCGAGGACCUGGACCUGCCACCAGGGGGGCCCACACAGAUUAUCUCCACUAGACCUUCAGUGGAGGCUUUUGGUGGCACAAGAGAUGGGCGCCCUGUGCUGAGGCUGGCCACCUGGAACUUGCAGGGCUGUUCUGUGGAGAAGGCCAACAACCCGGGCGUGCGAGAGGUGGUGUGCAUGACGCUCCUGGAAAACAGCAUCAAGCUUCUAGCUGUGCAAGAACUCCUUGACAGAGAGGCCCUGGAAAAGUUCUGCACGGAGCUCAACCAGCCGAUCCUGCCCAACAUCCGCAAGUGGAAGGGGCCCCGGGGAUGCUGGAAGGCUGUGGUUGCUGACACCCCCUCGACUCAGCUCCAGAAGGGGGCCGGGUUCGUGGGAUUUCUGUGGGACACCUCGGCUGGGGUGGAGCUGAGAGACGCUGCCUCGCAGGAGAGCUGGCCUGGCAACGGGCUGGGGAAGCCCACAGGUCCAAGCCCCUACCUCGCACGCUUCAAGGUGGGAAGUAAUGACUUGACCCUUGUGAACCUUCACCUGGCAACCCUGACCCUCCUGGGGGGUGAGAAUCCAAGCAAGAAUCACAGUGACAGCCACCGCUUGGCCAGCUUCGCACAGACCUUGCAGGAAACGCUGAAAGGAGAGAAAGACGUGGUUGUUUUAGGGGAUUUCGGCCAGGGGCCAGACAGCAGUGACUAUGAUAUCUUGAGGAAAGAAAAAUUCCACCACCUGAUCUCUGCACACACCUUCACAAACAUCAGCACCAAGAACCCUCAAGGCUCCAAGUCUCUGGACAACAUCUGGAUCAGUAAAAGCCUGAAGAAGGUUUUCACAGGUCACUGCGCUGUUGUGAGAGAAGGCCUCACGAACCCCUGGAUUCCGGACAACUGGUCCUGGGGCGGGGUGGCUUCUGAACACUGCCCUGUGCUAGCCGAGUUUUACACCGAAAAGGACUGGAACAAGAAAGAAGGGCCUCGGAAUGGCAAUGGAGUCACCUUGGAGCGAAGCGAAGCCAACAUUAAGCACGAGCGAUGAUGACACCAAAUCGGGUUCUCUGCCCGCUGACCCCAUGGGCACAGGUGGACGUUAGCCCUGCCCGGCCAAGACGCCUGGUCGUCAUGCUGACCGCAUCGGGCCCUGGGCCCUGGCCUGCCUGCCUGCCUCGUGGACGUUUCUGGACCUCUCACGGGGCAGGGAGGCUCCAGGCGGUCUCAUCAGAAGCCCAGCGGAGAACUGAAAUGUCUUCUAGUCUCUGCUGACCACCUCACCGACUCGGGCUGGCCGUCGCUGUCGCCGGGACUGCAGCGCGGGGAACAGGCGUGCAGGCUGCUGGGAGGGAGCCUGCGAGCGUCUGGGGCUGCCAGGGUCUGAGCAAGGCCACACGCUCUCGUCUGUGACCUUCUGGCUGCACAUGACAUAAAGCUUUUAAGUGUGAUUGAGCAGUCUUCUCAAAUAUUUUGAGUGGUGAUUUUUAGUUUUGUUUUGAAAAAAUAAAACCGACAUGAACCUGCCUGGCUGCAGUGAGCGCCCGGGGGUGGGUCCCCAGCUGCGGGUGUCUUGUGCCCACUUGUGGUGCCUCUGUGGGGUCCUGAACGCAAAGCACCCCCUCCGGGGAGCCCGCUCCUUUACACCCCCCGCCUUUCAG